GCCCUUCCCCAUUCUCCAUAUAUAAACCCACGAAGAAGCCGUCGAUUCGUCGAAGCGUUCCCGAUCGUCCCCAAAAGAAAGAUUUCGAUUCGGGUUUCAUCUUCCGCUCUCCUUUUAACUCAUCAUCGCCAUCAUGUCGGAGACAGUCGUCCUCAAGGUUGCUAUGUCCUGUCAAGGUUGUGCUGGGGCUGUUAAGAGGGCACUCUCCAAAAUGGAAGGUUUGGAGUCCUUCGACGUGGAUGUGAAGGAGCAGAAAGUAACUGUAAAAGGGAAUGUAAAACCUGAUGCAGUUUUUGAGACUGUUUCAAAAACAGGAAAAAAGACUUCCUUCUGGGAGGCUGAAGCUGAAAAUAAGGAAGCAGCUCCUGCUUCUGCUUCUGCACCUGCACCUGCACCUGCUCCUACUGCUACUGCCGCUACCACUGCCACUGCAUGAUUGUUGCAUCUAUUCUUCAGUGUGAAAAUAAGGCGAUUUGAGAUAUGUAGAUCGACUAUGUAAGGUUUCAUCACACUCUUUGAUCUGCUAUGUAAUGUCUGUUUAAUGUCGAUGUGUUUAUUGUCAAAAUGGGGAUGUUAAAUAAAGGGUCCUCUGCUUUUGUAUGGAUUUGAAUGGCUAAUGUAGCUAAUUUAUUGUUUAAAUCUGGCGAGGAAUGGGGCCACCGGUUAUGCUAGAUCUAGAGGCACCAUUCAUUUCCAUUUAUUAGAA